UAAUGAGUGCAUGAGUAAUAUCUCUGUCUGUAAUGAACAUAGCACCUGUCUGAAUACCAACGGCAGCUACAUUUGUGAAUGCAACAACGGAUUUACAAACGAUAAUGGAUCUUGAAUAGAUAUUAAUGAAUGUAACUCUACAUCUUACUGCACAGCUGUAGGACAAAUAUGCGAAAAUACCGUGGGCAGCUAUAUAUGUAAUUGUACAACCGGUUACAUUUUGGUCAAUAAUACAUGCAUAGAUAUUAAUGAAUGUGAAUCGAAUACCACAAACAACUGCUCAAGCAAUGCAUUCUGCUCUAACAUAGCUGGCUCAUAUGUCUGUCAGUGCUUUAGCAACUAUAUGGGUGAUGGUGUCAAUUGCACAGAUAUUGACGAGUGCCAUCAAAAUUCAUCAAUAUGUGAACAGCUUUGUUAUAAUUCCCCGGGUGGAUACAACUGUAGUUGUAAGGAAGGAUACAAAACCAGUGAGGUGAACAGCGCUAUGUGUGAAGAUAUUGAUGAAUGUCAGAACAGCAGUGUGUGUGGUGAGAAUACAGUGUGCAUUAAUGGACCUGGUAAUUACACGUGUCAGUGCAAAGAUGGGUAUGGAGGAAACCCCACUAUACAAUGUGUUGAUAUAAAUGAAUGUGAGGCCUCUAACACAUGCCCCCAGAAUUCCAUAUGUAAUAACACAGUUGGCUCCUACCAAUGUGAAUGUAAUUCUGGCUAUGAAGGAACAAACUGCACAGAUAUUGAUGAAUGUGCCACUUCACAGUAUAACUGCACCAGCUAUUCAGUCUGUGUCAACACAAAUGGAUCCUAUAAUUGCUCAUGUCAACCUGGAUUCACAGCAACUGGUCUACAAUGUACAGAUAUUGAUGAGUGCAUGAGUAACAGUUCUCUCUGUAAUGAACACAGCACUUGCGAAAACAUCAUAGGCGGUUACCUUUGUAAAUGUGAUGUGGGAUUUAUAGAUGUCAACGGUACAUGUGCAGAUAUUAAUGAAUGCAGCUCUGCAUCCUAUUGCUCAGCUGACGGACAGGAAUGUGUAAAUAUUUUAGGCAGCUUUACAUGCAUGUGCAGAGACGGUUACAUUAUAACCAAUGGCACCUGCUUAGAUAUUGAUGAAUGCACUACUAACACAAGCAAUUGCUCGAUUAAUGCAUUCUGCUUCAACAUUGGUGGCUCCUUCGUCUGCCAGUGCAAAAGCAACUAUACAGGCGAUGGUGUUACUUGCACAGAUAUAAAUAAAUGUGAGAAAAAUAACACAUGCCCCAAGAAUUCCAUGUGUCAUAACACUAUUGGCUCUUACAUAUGUAACUGUAAUACCGGCUUUGAAGGAGAAAAUUGCACUGAUAUUGAUGAAUGCUCCAUUGGAACGGAUGACUGUGGCCCUAAUUCGCUUUGCUUUAACACAUAUGGGUCCUUUAGAUGCAAAUGUGUAACUGGAUACACAGGUGAUGGCGUACAAUGUGAAGGCAAGUUAAGUUCCAUUGUUUUAUAUGAAUAAUUCCUCACCAGUAAC